AUGGAAUAGUAACAAGACAUUUAGCUUAAAUAUUAGGCACCUGUAUACAAAUUUCAAAGAAUUUUUGAGUAAAACUAAUAGAAACAUAAGGAGAGUAUGUUUGAUACAAAGGAUCUAAUAUCGAUUUAUAAUGAGCUUCAAAAGAAAGAGAUAUACUUAACAUCAUUCAUUUCAUAAGGUAGUUUUGGAUGUGUUUUUGAGGCUAAGUACAAAGAAGAAAUAGUAGCUGUCAAAUGUAGCAGAGUUAAUUUAGAAAAAAUCAAAGAAGAAGAAGAUAUCCUGAUAUUAUUAAAGGAUACUCCUUAUGUUUUUAAAUCUAUCGAAAAUUUUUUAAAUGAAACAAAAUCGAUAUACUAUCAGAUUACUAAAAGAUAUUUGUUUUGA